AUGAAACACACGUAUACGCGCGGUGAAAAUAAUUCCCAUCCGCGACUGAAAUUUCUCUUUUUAGCGCACCUGAUUCGUUCGCCAAUAAUUAAACAAAAACCGUUGUUUUAUCAGGUGCGACCUACAAUACAAGUCAAACUAAUUAGGAUUUUUUAAUCAGAGUUACAAGGGCCUGGCUUUGAGGGAUUUUAUAUGCAAGAUCCAAUACCAUGGGAUCAGUAGGCUCAAAAUCCCCGCUGGAACGUCGCAACACUGUCGCAAGACGCUCGCAGCGCAGAACUUUGCACAAUCUAAAGCCAAAGGUGGAGCAACUCCACAAAGACAUCAAAAAAUUCAAAGGAGCCACCGAAGACGUCAACUGGGUCUCGCUCAGAAACGAAAUCGAAUUUUUCAAAAACGACUUGACUCGCAGAGCCAAAGACUUGCAACCUCAAGUGAGAAACUUAUACGAAAAUGUUUACAAACGAGUGUGCGAAGCGGAAGAGGCUUUGCAAACUAAGCUGGAAGAGAACAGAGAAAAAUUGACUAACAAACAACAAAAAGGGGAUAAUAACGAAGUGGCUCAAAGCAUUAUAAGUCAAAAUCAGAGCGAAACAUUUUCCGAAAUUACUAGUAAUAAUACAGCUGACAAUGAAACCAUUGUUGAUGUUCAUGCAGAAAACGAAAAUGACAACAAAAAAAACAUGGAAAUUCAACUGGAACAUUUAGAAGGCAGUCCUAAGCACACCAAAGAAGUCCGCAUAAUCAGUCCAGAACAAAAACGUAAAUCCAUCCUCAAAGUUGGCGUUCCAGUGAUGCCUGUAGCCAUGAUGAACGAGCUGGCAGCCCAAACUACCCGAAUAAAUCGCCAGUACGACCGAACAGAUUCCCCAGUACCCGCAAGGACUGUCCAAGAAGUCGUGGAAAGAAUCAACGAAAUCGUCGAAAGUUUGCGACAAAUCGAAUUGGAAAUCAACGAGUUCGUAGGCAAAAAAAAUGGCAAACAAUACCUGAGAUUUCGUGAUUCUUUAAAUAAAUAUCUAAUUGAGUUGAACGGUUUGAGUCCCGUGGACGAUUACGCGUUGGAUCAAAUCAAAAUUUGCAGAAGUUAUAUUGGGAGUUGUUUGAGUUUUUUGGACGAAAGAGCCACCAGUGAAGCGAGGCCUGAAAGUUUCACUAGCGACGAUGAAGUUUUCAAUAAUAAUAACGUUGUAACGCCGCAAAUGGUGAAAGUUGAAGAGAAUUUCAGGAUGCAUAGAUUGUUGAAAAAUACCGCAGUAUAAAAUAAAAAUUCCAUAAAAACACCCGGUGUUAUUGAACGCUUCCAAUUAAGUAGUACCCAGUUAACGCCUUUUAAUUCCCCUAAUAGUUUAAUGGUCGUACUAAUUAGCGUCGACUACUCGUUUUCAAUUUGGAUUGUUGUGUUAUCAUGUUUUGUAUAAGGAACUUUCAAUAAGUUUCCAGAUUAGAAAUUCUUGUUAGUUGUUUAAUUUUGUUUGUUGCUAGUCUUUGUUUACAAUUAUAAUUUAUUCUAUUAUUGCUUCCUGUAAUUUUGUAAUUAUAUACCUACUGUUAUUUAAUUUAUAUUUUUGCUAGUUGAUUAGUUUUCUUCCUGAUUUAAGUAAUGAGUUCUGCUAUCAAUGUUCUUAAUUUAUACAAAUAAACCCGAUUUCAGAUUGUUCUUGUUAUGUUUUACAUCUACAUUCAUGCUUGUUCCAGCCGCUCAAGCACUUUUUCCAGAUAUUUUGUGCGUGACCCUGCUUCUAGUUGGCGUCCAAGAUUUGUAGACUUGUCCCAAAAGAGGCCAGCUUCUUGGAUGGUAAAGUGUCAACCUCUUGGUGUGUUAGCGUUCUAAUCUCUCUUCUGUUCAUGUCAAGAAGUUGUUAAUAUCUCUUUGAUGAGAUAGAUAUGCACCUUUGGUCGAUACAAGGGCCUGGAUCGGGCGACAUCGGACAAGUUUCUUCUAGAGUUGGCUGCAUGGCAGUCGGACUUGAGGUGUUAAUAAAAGCCUCUGAGUAUGUGGUUGUGGUGGUUCAGGUGCUGGAGGUGUGGGUGGUUUUUUGGGUUCGGGCCUGUUACAAGAUUGUUAGCAUUCUUGUUGUGGUUGAUAGUUAUUGCCGUUCCCGCCGCAUCCUUCAAAGUAGAACUGGUUGCAUUUUUGGUAUCUGGUGUCCCAAUACCAUCUAGUGACGUAGUUGCCGCAU